CAGCUGGGUGGUGGCAUGGCCUUGUCCUUCUGCGGCAACGACGCAACUGAAAAAGCCUACAGUGUUGAAGGGGGCGUGCUGAACAAUGGCUGCUUCGUGGAUGCUCUCAACCUGGUUCCCCAUGUCUUCCUGCUCUUCAUCACCUUCCCUAUCCUCUUCAUUGGUUGGGGUAGUCAGAGCUCCAAGGUCCAGAUCCAUCAUAACACAUGGCUUCAUUUCCCCGGCCACAACCUGAGGUGGAUUCUCACCUUCUCGCUGCUCUUUGUCCAUGUCUGUGAAUUUGCAGAGGGCAUCGUCUCCAACGAGGUGAUGAAGACUAAUCACCUCCAUCUGUUCAUGCCAGCAUUCAUGGGUUUUAUCGCAGCCACCACAUCAGUGGUUUAUUACCACAACAUAGAGACGUCAAACUUCCCCAAACUUCUGCUUGCACUGUUCAUCUACUGGGUGCUGGCGUUCAUCACUAAAUCCAUUAAGCUGUGGAAGUUUGCUGCGUUCAAGGUUGGACCCAAGCACCUGAGAUUCUGUAUCACAGCCCUGCUUGUGCUUCUGUAUGGACUGCUGAUGGCCGUAGAGAUCAAUGUCAUAAGAGUUAGGAAAUAUGUGUUCUUUGCGAACCCUCAAAAGGUGAAGCCACCAGAGGAUCUACAGGAUCUGGGGGUUCGCUUCCUGCAGCCAUUUGUCAACCUGCUCUCCAAGGCAACAUAUUGGUGGAUGAAUCCUCUGAUAAUUGGAGCCCAUAAGAGACCUAUAGAGCUGAAGAAGAUUGGCAAACUGCCCAUCGCCAUGAGAGCCCUCACCAACUACCUGCGACUUAAGGAUGCUUAUGAGGACCAGAGGACAGCUGAGGACCCAGAUCGAGCCCCGUCCAUCUGGCGCUCCAUGUACCGAGCGUUUGGUCGUCCCAUCCUGCUCAGCAGCACCUUCCGCUACCUGGCUGACCUGCUGGGCUUUGCCGGGCCGCUCUGUAUCUCCGGCAUCGUACAACACCUGAAUAAUACCAGUGACGCCAAGGAUGACAAGAGCAAGGACUUCUAUUUUGGUGUGUACUUCAUGUCCUCCACCGAGCUGCUGCAGAACGCCUCGGUCCUGGCUGUGCUUCUCUUCCUGGCCUUAGUCCUGCAGAGGACCUUCCUGCAGGCCUCUUACUACGUCACCAUAGAGACGGGCAUCAACCUGCGAGGAGCCCUGCUGGCGAUGAUUUACAACAAAAUCCUUCGUCUGUCCACCUCCAACAUGUCCAUGGGAGAGAUGACUCUGGGACAGAUCAACAACCUGGUGGCAAUAGAGACCAACCAGCUAAUGUGGUUCCUCUUCCUCUGCCCAAACCUCUGGGCUAUGCCUGUACAGAUUGUGAUGGGGGUCAUCCUGCUGUAUUAUUUGCUGGGCUACAGUGCUUUGAUAGGAGCUUCUGUCAUAGUUCUGCUGGCACCAGUCCAAUACCUCAUUGCUACUAAGCUGGCAGACACACAAAAGAACACGCUGGACCACUCCACAGAUCGUCUGAAGAAGACAACUGAGAUCUUAAAGGGCAUUAAGUUAUUGAAGCUGUACGCCUGGGAGAAUAUCUUCUGUGACAGUGUAGAGGAGACCAGGGGCAAGGAGCUCACCAGCCUCAAGACCUUCGCUCUCUACACAUCCAUGUCGAUUUUCAUGAAUGCUGCAAUUCCCAUCGCUGCCGUACUUGCGACAUUUGUGACCCAUCACUUUAUCAAUGAGAGUGGUCCCAGUUCCUCUGAGGCCUUUGCAGCCCUGGCCUUGUUCCACAUCCUGGUCACUCCUCUCUUCCUGCUCUCCACUGUGGUCCGGUUUGCUGUCAAGGCCCUUGUCAGUGUUCAGAAGUUGGGUGAGUUUCUCCAGAGUGAUGAGAUCGGAGAUGACAGCUGGAGAAAUGGAGACAUGUCUUAUCCCUUGGACACAUGUAAAAAGCACUUUGGGGCAACCAAAGCAAUUAACAGGAAGCAGCCUAUGCGGUAUCAGAUGGACAACUACGAGCAUCCAACCAGGCGUCAGAUGAGACCCGCAGAGACAGAGGAUGUGGCUGUAAAGGUAAGCAAUGGAUUCUUCACCUGGGGAAGUAACCUGUCAACGCUGUCCGACAUCAACAUCCGCAUCCCCACAGGUCAGCUGACGAUGAUUGUAGGCCAGGUGGGUUGUGGGAAAUCUUCACUGCUGCUGGCCAUGCUGGGUGAGAUGCAGACCAUCAGUGGAAAAGUCUACUGGAGCAAGCUGCCUGAUUGUGAGAUGGCCCACGAGGGGAUUAUAAGUUGGUCAGAGACAGAAGAGUCUGACGAAGACAUCAGGAGCAAGAACAGGUACUCUGUGGCCUACGCAACCCAGAAGUCCUGGCUGCUCAAUGCUACAGUGGAAGAAAACAUCACCUUUGGCAGCCCCUUCAGCAAACAGAGGUACAAGGCCGUGAUUGAGGCUUGCUCUCUGCAGCCAGAUAUUGACCUGCUGCCCUUUGGAGACCAGACUGAGAUCGGAGAAAGGGGCAUCAACCUAAGUGGAGGCCAGAGACAGAGAAUCUGUGUGGCCCGAGCUCUUUACCAGAACACCAACAUUGUUUUCUUGGAUGACCCGUUCUCAGCAUUAGACAUUCACCUCAGCGAUCAUCUGAUGCAGGAAGGAAUCCUCAAGUUUUUACAGGAUGACAAACGCACUGUUGUGCUCGUCACCCAUAAGCUGCAGUACCUUAUACAUGCUGACUGGAUCAUAGCUAUGAAGGAUGGCUCUGUGCUGAGAGAGGGAACUUUGAAGGACAUUCAGACUCAUGAUGUUGAGCUUUAUGAUCACUGGAAGACACUGAUGAAUAGACAGGACCAUGAGCUGGAGAAGGACACAGAGCUGGACAGCCAGACGACACUGGAGAGGAAAACACUUAGAAGAGCUUUCUACUCCAGAGAUGCCAAAAACCAGAUAGAUGAUGAAGACGAAGAAGAAGAAGAGGAGGAGGAAGAUGAUGACAACUUCUCUACAACCACUAACAGACGAUCAAAGAUCCCAUGGAAGGUGUGCUGGAGAUACUUGUCUUCUGGUGGUUUCUUCAUGGUCUUUCUAAUGGUGUCCUCUAAACUCCUCAAACACUCUGUUAUGGUUGCCAUUGACUACUGGUUGGCUAUAUGGACCUCCUCAAAAAGUGUGGAAAUGGGAGAGUCUAAUGUAACCAUGUGGACUAGUGGUACCAACAGUACCUCUUCCGAUGCAGAGCAAGACAAGUACUACCUGCCAGUGUUUGUCAUCCUAUGUGGAGCUGGAAUCACUUUAUGCCUCAUCACGUCUCUCACCGUGGAAUUCUUGGGUCUGUCUGCAGCCACCAGCCUGCACCACAAUCUUCUCAACAAGAUCAUCCAUGCUCCCAUCAGGUUCUUCGACAUUACCCCCCUGGGCCAGAUCCUAAACAGAUUCUCAGCUGAUACUAACAUCAUAGACCAACAUAUUCCUCCCACUCUUGAGUCUUUGACUCGGUCCACAUUGCUAUGUCUGUCGGCCAUUGGGGUCAUUUCCUGCAUAACGCCAAUCUUCCUGGUCGCUCUGGUCCCCCUGGCUGUGGCUUUCUAUUUCAUCCAGAAGUACUUUCGGGUCGCCUCCAAGGACCUUCAGGACCUUGAUGACUCUACCCAGCUUCCACUACUCUGUCAUUUCUCUGAGACUGCUGAAGGCCUCACAACCAUCAGAGCAUUCAGACAUGAGGCUCGUUUUAAACAGCGAAUGCUGGAGUUGACAGACACCAACAACACAGCCUACCUGUUUCUGUCUGCUGCAAAUCGCUGGCUGGAAGUCCGAACGGACUACCUGGGAGCGGUGAUCGUACUGUCAGCAGCGGUAGCCUCCAUAUGCAGUUUUAGCUAUGGUUUGCCUGCUGGAGGUUUGGUUGGCUUGGGACUCACCUAUGCCCUCACUGUGACCAAUUACCUGAACUGGGUGGUGAGGAACCUAGCAGAUCUAGAAGUUCAGAUGGCAGCUGUGAAGAAAGUCAACAGCUUCCUCAGCACAGAGUCAGAGAACUACGAGGGAUCUAUGGAUGCCUCUCAGGUGCCUGAGGACUGGCCCCAACAUGGUGAGAUAAAGAUCCAAGAUCUGUGUGUGCGCUAUGAUCCAAUGCUCAAACCAGUGCUCAAGCACGUCAACGCAUACAUCGACCCAGGCCAGAAGGUGGGCAUCUGCGGUCGCACAGGCAGUGGGAAGUCGUCUCUGUCCUUGGCCUUUUUCAACAUGGUGGAUAUGUUUGAAGGGAGGAUCAUCAUUGAUGGGAUUGACAUCUGUAAGCUGCCUCUACAAACACUCAGGUCUCGACUUUCCAUCAUCCUACAAGAUCCCGUGCUGUUUAGUGGAUCAGUAAGGUUUAACUUGGAUCCAGAGAGGACGUGCACUGACGACAGACUGUGGGAAGCGCUCGAGAUUGCUCAGCUGAAGAACAUGGUGAAGGCUCUGCCUGGAGGACUAGACGCUGUUGUGACAGAAGGUGGAGAGAACUUCAGUGUUGGUCAGAGGCAACUCUUCUGCUUGGCCAGAGCAUUUGUCAGGAAGAGCAGCAUCCUCAUUAUGGAUGAAGCCACAGCAUCUAUAGACAUGGCCACGGAGAAUAUCUUACAAAAAGUUGUGAUGACUGCAUUUGCAGACAGGACAGUGGUUACUAUCGCGCACCGUGUCCACACCAUUCUAACGGCUGAUCUUGUCAUUGUGAUGAAGCGAGGGAACAUUCUGGAGUAUGACAAACCUGAGACUCUUUUGGAGCAGGAGGACAGCAUUUUUGCUUCAUUUGUCAAAGCCGACAUGUAGACACUCCAUCAACCAGCUGGCCUAUCAACUGACUUACUGAUCAGUUAGAUAUAUUGUGUACUUAAAAGUGUAUUUUGGUUAAGUGUAUUGGUCUCUGAAACAGUAUUUCGACCAUGGAACACUCUCCUGUGAAACCAAUACUUGUGUAUUUUUUAAAGAAGAGAUGUCCUGCCAUACUUAUUUAAUGAAAGGGAAAAACAUCACAGCAUCAGUCAUCGAUUAACUUGUGAAUUGAGUUAUACUUGAAUAAUUCAAUCAGUCAGUCAAUUGAUUGCCUCCUUUGUUUGAACUUACCUCUAGAAAGACCAUCAACUAGAAGUCAACCUGUCUUUCAAAAUUUAAAGUGACCAUUGAGUCCAUUUAUUAUUUAUAGAAUUUAUACUCCAGGAAUUUCACUGGUGGACAUAUCCAAAGGGAUGCCCCAUGAGUGGAAAAGUGGAAUAAGUUUCAAUUCUUGGAUCAAACAGAACAAUAUCCUUGACCUUUUGCAUAGUACUAUUCAAACUGGGCUUGAGCAUAAUUGGACUUAGUAGUCGGACUGUUGAAAUUGGGUUUAAGAACAUGGUUGGCAAAUGUUCCUGUCCUGUCCUAACCCUAACCCUGUUAGUUAACUGACAAUCAAUCAUGGAUCAGUUAAGUGAUUAGGUUUCUUUGCUCCUAAGUCACUUGUAAUAGCUGUCUACUGGUAAUGAUUGAGCUUUUAAUGUACAGUGUAUAUCAACAUCUAUACACUCCUACACAUCAAAAUUGAUGGACCUGAGGCCUGAAAUGGAAAAAAUGUUGUUCUCCUGAACAGAUUCGCUCAACAACUAGGUCCUGUGAGGAUCAUCUUAUGUUAAUAGAAUUUUUCAAAAGUCCUGAAUAUUUUUGCUUAAAAAGAUAUCUUUGUUACAUUUUAUCAGAUUAUGUACUAUAAAGAUCAAUUUUAUUACUCUUUAUCAUUUAUAUAAAAGCAAUAAGAAAGUAUGUUGCAAAAUAAGAGGCAACUUUGUAUUUAAAAUCCUUUGAAAAUUGUUGAAUGUUGGCUUUUGCCAAUUCAGUGUCCAGUGCAUGAAGCAUGUCAUUGUAAAAGGCACUGUGCAGUCUCUCACAGAAAAUACUGACUAAAGGAUUUUGAGUUUUAAUAAUUUAGACCCUAGUGUUGUAUGUGCUACAUUUAAAUGUUAUGUUCUGCCAUAGAAUUGAUAUUGAUAGAACUGACUUCCCCACUGCAUUAAUUUGGAAAUGAAUAUAUAUAGGAAAAUAAUAGCAGCUACCUUUGUUGCAGUUGCCCAAACUGCUGAGGUCAGAAUUUAGUGGGAUUGGAUGGGUUCUGAUCUACAGCUGUCUUUAUACCAACGCUGCACUCAUGUCAUUUUGAAAAAUGGGGAAGAAUGAGAUGACAUCUUAUAGCUACAGCUUGGAAGCUUCAUGCCCACAUCCAAGGUGGUGAUCGUAAGGGCAAUUGUUAUAGCUAUUGUUGACAUAAGAUGUUUUAAGAUUCUUCUCAAAGACCUCGAGAAGCAAAGAAAACUGGCAUCAGUGUGUUUGUCUCCUUGUUUACACUUUUGAUGCCAAGUGGGAGGCAACAGAGCAUACCAUUUUUUCCAUAUCCUACUUUUCAUUUAGCACUAGUAGGCUUGCCUAAAUGCCUUUUCCCAGUCAGCAGCUUGUGUUUAUAGUGAAUCCAACAUGAAUACAACAUGAGUGAACGCAGCACAAGCUUCCAUGUUGAAGUCAUUUGAUGUACCAACCAAAUCUACAUGGUCAGAGACCGCUUGGAACAGAACAGUUCUAUCAAUUCUAUUUCUAUGCUUACUCUAGUACAAACACUGUAGGGUGUCGCAGGCAUGGUUUGAAGCCAGUGAACCCACUGUCUGUCUGUGGUCAUGCUUUGCUGAAUUUUCUUUGGGACAAGGGAGACCAAGUGUUCGCUCUAGCAAGAGAGGUUCGGCUGUGAACGAGCUCUAGCACUGGGCCCACAACCAUAGACACUGUGGAAAAGUAGUACCUGAUAAUAGAUCACAUCCAUCACAUUUGGAAGAAUUAAAAUUUGGUCUAGACAGAUCCUAGCCUGGUGCACUUUUUAAAUACAAGUAAUAAUGCACAGUGAGCCAGUUUUUGUAAAAUAAACCUUGACAGAGUAAAGUGGGUAUUAGUGAGUGAGGAAGCUUCACUGAGGAGGAUGGUGGGGUGGUGCAUGGGUCAGUUACUAUGACCCAUGUUCAAAUCCCAUCUCAAGUGAGGGCAGUAUUCAUUUUUAGGUAAUAUUAGCAUAUGAUUGCUAACAUCUUGUAACCUUAACCCUGACUUUUUCCUAACCCUAACCAUUAAAAGAAACCCUUCCCUAACCUUAACCAAGUAUUUUUAGUGGGUAGCAAGCUAGCAUGCUAGCUUGGUCCUUUGGGUCAUAUUAGAGAGACUCCCGUGGGUUGUAUGCGCUAGUAAUUUAGGAAACGCUCCUGUUGAUCGUAUUAGAGGGUGUAACAAACAACUUAUGUUUGUUCCAGUAUGCUGUAAAUCAUCAGACUUAUUAAAUGGCUACUUACCAAAGAAUCGUUUGAGAUUAAAUGUUAUGGUUAGAUUUUAAAUAAUUUUAGCACAGGCUAUAUUUACAUGUUUCUACUAAAAACUAGUGUCGCAGGAAGUAGCCAAGAGGUAGUCUGUUACUAGUUAAUUUGAUGAGAAAUAAAGAAAAAUGUGUUGGACAACUUCACUGUACAGUGACAUAAGAAAUAAAAUAGCACUCCUAUUCAAAAACAAAGAAACAAACAAAUUUCAGAUAAACUGCCUCACUUCUUGGAAGAAGUUGUCAUUUUUUUUCUCUAAAAUCAUAUGAUUUGGGUCUCAAUGCUUUGCUCAGCAGCUGCUAUUUCACCUUCCUGUAAUAUUCAUGUAUAAAAUAGGGAAUCUAAUCUGUCUAGUGACAUCCCAUCUCUCUGAGAGUGAUGCCACUGUCCCAGUGUUAAUACCUAUCUGUUGUGCAUGGCUUUUACAAAGACUUUGCACUGUACAGUCUAAAUGCCAAAUGGAUUCUUUUGCCAUGAUUUCAGAAUUUUUCCCAACUAUUGACUAUUGCCAAAUCACUUUUCCAUUUCAGUGUUCUUUCCUCUCUUUCACAAUCCCUACUGUAAUAUAUACAACAACAAAAAAAUGCUACAUCCAGGUACCAAAUGCCUGGACCACUUGUCAGUCACAAGUGUGGAUGCUUACUUGUGCUGCAAGCUAGCCUGCACCUGCAGUGUCUGCUUUUUUUACUUCACUGUGGAGUGAAAACUAAAACCAGCAUAUGGCUUUCUCUUAUUCCCCUUGCUUUUCCUUUCUCUCACAUCUGUCUCUCUGCUCAAGUGACUGCAGUUGCUCCUCCUUCAUCUUCUCCUUUGUUAAUGAAUAAGUGAACAUCCUGUUCACUUAUACUCCUUUUGGCUGCAGACACACUGCAAAAACCCAAUAUGUUUAGUUAAGUCUGUGCAAGUGGGAUUAUGUGUGUGCACGUGUGUGUUUGAGCAGUUUGUGUGCAUGUGCGUUCACCAGCCAGAGCCAACAGAUCAUUGCCUUGCUAAUUCUCUACUUAACCCUCACUGUAUUUGUCUCUUUAUGGGCAAAAUCCCUGUCAUCAGCGCAAAAAGAGACAAGGACAUCAAAGGAAAAAUUGAGGAGACGUCUUCUCAAAUGCAUAUAAACAGCACUGACUUAAUCUUUGUUUAUCAGCUCAUACUGUUUUUUUCUGCACUGAACAUCCAAAUUGGGUCAACAUUAUCAGCUAAGAAAUGUAACAAUAUCCCUUGGAAAUACAUCUAGUCUGAAAUUAACUGACCAUUGUCACAGUCAACCUUUCCACUGUCUUCAUAUAUAUACUAGGCAAAAAAAGUUCUGCACCGCUUUUUCAGUCUAUAAUUU